AUGCCAUCCGCAACAUACUCAACUCGGACCAUCACACCAGUCAGGCACUUCGCCUCGAUUCCUGCGAACUCUCCAGACGCACCAAAAGUGACCGCUCCCUCGACGAAGAAGAUCACUCGCCCCCAAGAACCAAUCCCUCAGUCCUUGAUCGAUGAAUCCAAGGCAACCAAAUAUGAGCCCUUCGAUCCGAAGAAGCACCUCAACUUCAAGCCCCCCUCUAAUAUCACCUCGAUGAAGGAUAUUGGUCUCGAAGGGCAUGGAAUUGCCCCAAACGCCGUCUGCGAGCCGUUCCCCCUGUUCACCGAGGAAGCUAUCAAGCAGAUGAGAGCAGAGAGCUUUAGUGAAGCAUGCCUCAAGGACUGCCGCUAUCAAUCAUCAUUCAUUAAGAACAUGAUUCGGGGGAUGGGCCAUGACCGAGCUCCAUUCAUCUAUGACGCCUGGAAGUCCCCUGAGGUUCUCUCUAAGAUCUCUGAGAUCGCAGGUGUCGAGCUCAUUCCAGCCAUCGACAUCGAUAUUGGCAACGUCAACGUCUCGAUCAAUGACCACAAUGAGAACAGUGUUCAGAACUGGAGAGCAUCGGAUGACGACAAGCUUUCUGCUGUUGCUUGGCACUACGACAGCUAUCCUUUUGUCGUCGUCACGAUGCUAUCGGAUUGCACGGAUAUGGUUGGCGGCGAAACUGCACUUAGACUCCCUGACGGGACUAUCAAAAAAGUCCGGGGGCCUGCUAUGGGAACCGCUGUGGUGAUGCAGGGAAGAUACAUCGAGCACCAAGCACUCAAGGCGUUCGGUGGUCGUGAGCGUAUCUCGAUGGUCACUGCCUUCAGAGCUAAGUCGCCGUUCAUCAAGGAUGAGACGGUCCUUGCUGGAGUUCGCACCACCAGCGUCCUGUCAGACCUCUACACCCAGUUCACCGACUACCGACUGGAGAUUCUGGAGGAGCGCCUGCGCGCUAAGCGGAAGGAGGAACGCGAACGCGAGGUCGCUCGCCGCCCUUUCAAUAUCCCCGAGAUGAGAGCCUUCCUCGCCGACCAGAUCAAGCAUUUGCAGGGCACUUUGGAUGAGAUCUAUGAGCUGGAGGAUUAA